GCCCGCCGAGGGCCGCCGGGCUGGGCCCGGAUCGGAGCGGGUGGGGAAUAUGGUGCCGCCGGCCGCCGUGCUGCGGGCGCUGCGCAGGAACAAGACGCUGCGGUACGGGCUGCCCAUGAUGGUGCUCAUUGUCGGAGGUUCCUUUGGGCUCCGGGAAUUUUCUCAAAUCCGAUACGAUGCCGUGAAGUGUAAGAUUGACCCAGAGUUGGAAGAAAAGCUGAAAAGAAAUAAGGUGUCUUUGGAAUCUGAAUAUGAGAAAAUCAAAGACUCCAGCUUUGACGACUGGAAGAACAUCCGAGGCCCCCGGCCAUGGGAAGACCCCAAUCUCCUCCAGGGCCGGACUGCUGAAAGUCUGAGGGCCAAGCCAGCCUGAGCGUGCUCGCCCGGGUCAUCCACCCUGCCGUCCAAACGCCAACGAUCCCAUCUCCCUCUGCUUUGUCCCACAUUGAUGGCAGAGGAAAGUCAGCCUGAAAGGGAUGGCCAGCCUCACCAGGGGAAUUGUCCCAAAGCCAAGUGGCUUCUAACCCUCUACCAACUGGAAACAGCUUUUUGAACAAGCAGAUUAUGCACCUUAAUUUUCAAUAAAAAUCUCUGGGACAGCGAUAA